AUUGAAGUUUUACAGAUGUUUGUGAAUGAGAUUAAUAUUCAAACAACCGUGUUUUCGAGGGAUCCUGUUGGUCUCAGAGAUGAUGAUAAGGAGAGAAUUGUGUAUCCAAAUUCAGUUUUAGCGGGCAAAUACAUUCGCAAUUUUCAAAAGAUUCCAGCUCCCCCAAAACUUAAUUUGACUGAGUCUGCAGAGUUUGUUGUUGAUGCUUCUACCCCCAUAAAGCAGAUUCAAGAUCUCAAGGCCAGAAUAGAGGGUGACAUGAAGACAAAGGAAUGGAUAAAAGACAUCAGCGUACGUGCUAAUGGCUUUGAAAAUGGAGACAAGAUAAAAAUGACCGUCAAUGUUACUUACAAACGCCUCGGGACCAAGGAUAAAAGAAACGACUGGAAAUCUGGAAUAGUGUUGGGGCUGAAGCAAAUUCUUGAAGACAUGGGUAUUUCUAAAUUUACACCUCAAGUUGAACCCCCACCUGUACCUGCAUUUUAAUGAUGACAGUCUCUGAACUUACCCAUUUCUCUAAUUUCUACAUGAUAGAGAAUGAAGGACUAAUUUCAAAUAAGGGAUGACGUGAGGUGUGAAUGAUUAUUUGCUUUUCUGUUAUUUGGUCAAUUUGGUUAUGGCGUCACCAAAAGAUUUUUUCAGAAAAAUGUGAUUGUCUAGAUGGAAAUUUUAGAACUUGCUCGAGUUUUAGAUCUUGGUUGUGGAUAAAAGCUAAAGUAAAGGGCCCGGUCUUUCCCGGUCUUUCCUUUUAUAUUAAUGGUGUUCUCGUGCAAAGAAGCGCCUAAGGUCAUGCUACAGCACAGCUUCCUGAUUUGGAGUGUCUGCUUUGGCAUGGAAAGAGGCAGUAGAGGUAUAGAGUUGGUAGAGUAAUAUGAUACAGAUGCUGCUACUGGUGAAGUUCCAAGGGAAGAAAUAGGGCUCUCAUUUGGUGAUUGCAGUAAGGAACCAGAAAUUUUUUCUCAAAAUGAGUUGAUAGUCUUUGAUUGUUGUUGUUUUUAUGUUCUGUUGUUGCCCGGAUGUUACUAAGGUGGUGGAGGCAUAAAGUUGGUAGGGUAAUAUGAUGCAGAUGCUGUUACUGGAAAAGUUCCAAAGGAAGAAAUAGAGUUCUCAUUUGGUGAUUGCACUAACGAACGAGGAUUUUGUUCUAAAAAUGAGUUGAAAAUCUUUGAUUGUUGUUGGUUUUAUGUUUUGUUGAUGCCCAGAUGUUAUUAGUA